AUUGGAUAGGGUCUUCCGCUCUGACCCGUCAGUGAUCAUUGUUUUCUAUUUCUCUCUCACUCCUUAGUCCUUGCCAGCUGCCCCCCAAUGUAUACGGACCCUUGUUUACACCCAUUUCAUUUUGUGAAAACAAAAGCCCUUUUCUUCUGCGAAUCCCAUCACCUGCGAUUUUUCUGGGAUCUACUCAAAAAGUUAGCGCACUUAUUUUAAUUUACGCAUGUGAUAGAAUUUAAUUUAUUUGGGGUUUACCUUUAUCCGACAUCUUUAUUGCUUUAUACCUUCUUGAAGCCCUCGGAAAGGCCAUUUUUAUGGCUCUCACCCUUACUUCCCCUUCACAUUAUCCUCCCAUGACUCCUCUUUCUCGCGUCGGCAAGAUUUGUGUCGGACGAAAAGAAGGGUCUUUGAUAUUUGAAAGUUUGAAUCCUGAGAUUUCAAAAAGCUCAACCCUUACACGUGAAGAAAGCCAUCGGCGAGAGAAACUUCCGCGUGUUACAGGCCAACAAGAGAAUCCCCUGCAAGAAUAUAUAGGUGGCCGUGGUGAUCAUCAAGUAGAAGCAACACGUUUUUACGGAGAAAGAGCUCAAGACAAAUCUGGUAUUUUGAUGAUUGAUAUACCAUUCCAUGAAGAGAAAAUCAUGCAAGAAAAUAAACAUCGUAAAAUAUAUCAGAAGGGUAUUACAAUGCCUGAUACGCACAAGAAAGAGAACUCCAGCGCUUUGGUGAAUGAUCAAGGAUCGGAUUCUUUUGAAACGACGAAGUUUGGAGGGGUUAAUGGGGCUCUCAAGUCGCGGAAGAGACCGGCCAAGCUGGUUGUGCCGGCAUAUCCUGAGAUGGAAUCUGGUGAAAUGGGUAGGAAGUUGGAGAACAAGGAAUUUGAGGUCGAAGGGAGGAAUUUCGUAUUGGCAAGCAGGAAAGGAAGAAGAAUGGUCAUGGAAGAUGGGUAUGGGGUUAUGCUUGAUAUUCUGGGAGAUCCUAAGCAGGCACUUUUUGCCGUGAUUGAUGGGCAUGGAGGUCAUGCUGCCGCCGAUUAUGUUGCCAAAAACUUAGGAAGGAACAUUGUAGAAGCCCUUGAUAAUGUCGGCGAAGAAGAUGAUAGGUUGGAAAAAGCUAUUCGCAAAGGCUACUCGGUCACCGACGAGGAAUUUCUCAGUCAGGAGAUAAGUAGUGGAGCAUGUGUAGCUAGCGUGCUAUUGAAGGACGGAGAGUUGCAUGUAGCAAGUGCUGGUGACUGCAGAGUAGUUUUGAGUCGAAAAGGAUUAGCUACUGUUUUGACAAAUGAUCACCGUCCAAGUAGGGAAGAUGAGCGUCUUCGAAUCCAAAACUCCGGUGGUUUUGUGCAUUGCCGGAAUGGAGUGUGGAGAGUUCAAGGAUCGCUCGCAGUAUCUAGAUCCAUCGGGGACUUGCAUUUGAAAGACUGGGUCAUAUCCGAACCCGAGAUUGAAAGCCUUCGUUUAACUUCGGACUGCGACUUCUUGAUAAUGGCGUCUGAUGGAUUGUGGGAUAAGGUAAAUGAUCAGGAGGCAGUUGAUGUGGUUUCGAAAGAGAAGAAUCUGCUGAAGUCUUGCAAAAAGCUUGUAGAUAUGUCUUGUAGCCGAGGCAAUAUGGAUGACAUAACUGUUAUGCUGAUCAAUCUUCAAUAUUUUGCCGUAUCCGGCUCUUGAUCGGUACGCAUCUCAGCUUACAGUCUUACGUACGGGAGAAGGAUACUGAUGGAACAAUGCUGCAUCAUGUAGAUGGUUUUGCACCGUACGGCCGGACAAUUUUGCCAACAAACUUAAAAAAAUAAAUAGUGAAAAAUAGGCCCAACAGAAGAAUAAUAUUACGUGCAGUUAUAAAAUGGGUAAGUACUGUACAGUUAUUUUGAAAAAAAAUAUAGUUUCUUUUAUUAAGAAAUUAAUUUUUCUUUCACGUAGAUCUUAUAUUUAUUUAUUUUUUUAAAAUAAUUACACGGCACUUAUAUUUGCUACUGCAAACAUCAUUUUUCUAAAGAAUUCACGUUUGUAUUUAUUUUAAAUAAUCUUUUGUUUUCUUUUUAUAUAUUAAUGAUCGAUCUCGUAAUUAUGUCAAAUGAAUUCUUUGAUUCACUUGUUACGGGAGACAAGAAACUAGAAAUUAUCAUUCCUCUAUUACAUUCAAUAUGAAUCUCUUUGUAGAAACUCAAAAUUAUAAUCUGCA